AUGUCACUCAACGACAAAACGAGUAAAAUAGUGAAUGUAACAGGAACAGGCACCAGUGGAUCAGGCUUGGAUCAGUUUUCCAAACCAUGGGGGAUAUUUGUUGACAAUAAUUUCACCUUAUAUGUCGCUGAAUGUGGAAACAACAGAAUCCAACGUUUUCAACUAGGAGAAAAGAAUGGAACAACAAUAGCUGGGAAUGGAACAACAAUAGCUGGGAAUGGAACUCUAAAAAAUCUGGAAUUAAAAUGUCCUACGGAUAUCAUACUCGAUGCAGAUGGUAACUUAUUCAUAGCUGACAACGAUAACUCUCGCAUCAUUCGAGUAAUCCACGAUGCUUAUCAUUGUGUAGUUGGUUGCAAUAGAAAUUCAACUACUGUAUCCGAAAAGUUAAACAAAUCAUAUGCUGUUCGUUUCGACAGUCGUGGAAACCUAUUUGUUGCUGAUGAAUACAACCAUCGAAUACAAAACUUCACUUUGGCAACAAAUUCCUGUGAUUCAGCAGCAACAGAAGCACCAACAACACAAGUAACAACAGAAGCACCAAUAACACAAGAAACAACAGCAGCAGCAGAAUCAACAACAAAAGCAAGCACAAUAUUAGCAACAACAAUACAAUCAACCACAGCCGCAGGAACAACAAUAAAACCAGCAACAACAACAACAACAACAUCAACAUCAGCAUCAACAUCAACGUCUACACAAACAACUAAUUCAUCACUUAGCCCUAAUUCAAGUAAGAGUUCAAAGAAAAGUUACAUUUACUCUAUAGUAGUUAUGCUUCAAUUCAUCGAAAUACUUGCAUGUCUUAUCUCACUUAUAUUUGAAUGAAGACACAUAAAAAUACGAAAAAAGCAUAGACUAGGAUAAGUCUGUUUCUUGAAGGACGUUUUGUCCGGUUACCUCAGACAGAUUGAAGCUUCACCUUUUUCUACAUGUUUUAGAGAUUCAUAAUAGUGACUUUUACCACAUAAGAUUAGCUGUACGUCGAUUCCUUCAGUGCCUUGAGCAUAUUGCAUUUGUAUAUUUUUAUUGCGCUCAUAUUGAAAAAUAUCAACUUGCUACUUUGAAAAACACAAAUUCUUCAAAAUAAACCUCACAUAUAGGUCGUUUAGUGUUAAAGUUCACCUAGAAUAUAUGUAUAUAAAUCAAAUGUGAAACAAAUGAUUGUUUUUCAAUUAACAGAUACUUUAGAGAUAAUUACACAGCUUCUCGUACGUAGAUCGGAAAAAGUAAUGCUUCUAUUUUAUGUAUCUGAUG